UCAUGUGGUGUGAUAGGACCCUCCAGCGUGCGGCUCUAUCGAGGCGGAUUCUCAGCCGGAGCCGAGCACCAGAACUGAUGCCAAAUAAUCAUGGAGAUUAAUAAAAAAGACGGAACCGACAACCCGCUAUCCUCUGCCAGCUGUUUAUCAAAACUCUUCCUGUGCUGGUUAGUCCCGUUGCUGCGGCUCGGCCAGAAAAAGAGGUUGGAGGAAAAUGACAUGUACAGGGUUCUUCCAGAGGAUCAGUCCAAAGUGCUGGGAGAGGAACUACACAGAUGUUGGGACCAUGAAGUCAGAAAGGCUACGAAGGAGCUCCGGAAGCCAAAUCUCACCAGAGUUCUCAUUAAGUGCUACGGGAUGUCAUACGCAAUGGCUGGGUCGUUUACAUUUUCACUGGAAGCAAUCAAAGUUAUCCAGCCUCUUCUUCUGGGCGAAGUGAUCCUGUUCUUUGAGAAUUAUGACGAGCAGACGAGUCUGCGCAUGGUUUAUGUUUACGCAGCUGCUAUGUCCAUCUCCCCGUUCGCGCUGACCAUUCUCCAACAUCUCUACUAUUACCAUGUCCAAAGAAUAGGCAUGAGGAUCAGAGUGGCCAUGUGUCACAUGAUCUACAAGAAGGCUCUGGGCCUCAGCAGUGAAUCCAUGGGGCAAACAACCACGGGACGAAUCGUCAACCUCUUAUCAAAUGACGUCAAUCGUUUUGAUGAGAUUACACUGAAUCUGCACUACCUGUGGCUGGGACCACUGCAGGCCAUUGUGAUCAUCAUGUUACUAUGGUGCCGGGAUCGGUACCCUCGUGUCUGGUCGAGGUGUGGCAGUCCUUGCCCUCAUGAUGCCUGUGCAGACAGUGUUUGGAAAGCUCUUUGGCAUCUUCAGGAGCAAAACGGCAGUCCUUACUGACAACAGAAUCCGCAUCAUGAACGAAGUGGUGUCUGGCAUCAGGAUCAUCAAGAUGUACGCCUGGGAGAAACCCUUCUCAGCUCUGGUUACAGACGUCAGAAGGUAAGGAUGCAACG